AUGGAUCUCGGUUUGAAGGACGUUCAUGUCUUGGUAACAGGUGCUAGUGGAGGCAUUGGUCUAGCGAUUGUCAAAAGCUUCCUUGAGCAAGGAGCCAAAGUAACUGCUCAGUAUAACUCCAACAGUUUAACAUUAGAGCCUAUCAAGCAGCAAUAUGGGAGCAGCGUCCAAUCACUCAAAGCAGACCUCACCAAAGAGGAUGAUGUCGUAUCUUUGUUUGAGGGCGCGGCUGGCAGUACAUCCUUCGGGCCAGUCCAAGUCCUAGUGGUGAACCAUGCGAUAUACAACGACGUACCUGCUCCAAUUGCCGAUAUGAAAUUAGAGCAAUGGACGACGACGCUAACCGCCAACUUGACCUCUUCGUUCCUCGUUGCACGGGAGUACCUCUUCCGCCUCCGCGGUGCAUCUGAGGAGAAAAGGCGGGAGGCUGCAAUUGUUUCGAUUGGGAGUACCGCGGGGAAAUACGGCGAAGCUGGUCAUGGGGAUUACGCUGCCUCGAAGAGUGCCAUGAUGUAUGGCCUCACUAUGACUCUCAAGAAUGAGAUUGUAAAGAUUGCCCCUCAAGGAAGGGUUAAUUGUGUUGGGCCGGGUUGGGUGAAAACGCCGAUGGCCGCAAAGGCGUUGGAAGAUCCUGAUGUGGUCUAUCGUGCAUUGGCUUCGACUCCUUUGAAGAAGGUAGCGGUUCCUGAGGACGUGGCCAGCCAGGUGGUCAUUCUCUCCUCUAGGAAGGUGUCGGGUCAUGUCACAGGACAAGUCGUCAUGGUUGAAGGUGGAAUGGAAGGGCGUUUGCUCAAUUCCCGAGCUGAUGUCGGAUUGGACUCGUAG